AUGUCGGAACACUGGAAAUCCACGCCCAGAUACUGGUGCAAACACUGCGCCUGCUACGUGCGCGACACCAAGCUCGAGCGGCAGAACCAUGAAGCCACGGCCCGACACCAAGGCGCCGUGAAGCGCGCGCUGCGAGACCUGCACCGAAACCACGAGCGCGAAGAGCGCGACAAGGAGCGCGCCAAGCAAGAAAUCGCACGACUAAAUGGCGUCGUCACGGGCCCCUCCUCCUCAUCCACAUCCUCAUCAGCAAGGGGCCAUGCGGCGGGCAGCACCGCGGGGGCGGCCACGACCUUUAAGCCCUCGAACCCGGCGGCACUCGAGGCCGAGCGCAAGAAGCAGCGCGAGCAACUAGCGGCCAUGGGCGUCGCGAUGCCGAGCGAGCUACGCACGGAAAUGGCCAUGGCGGGGGACUGGACGGUGACGAACACGCGGGUGGUCGCCGGCGCUACCGACGAGGACAAGAAGAAGGUGGCGACGGGGGUGCGGAAGCGGGAGGCGCUGGAUGAUGAGGAGGCGGAGCGCAGAGCCAACGAGGAGGAGGCUUUGAAGGGCUUGUUUAAGCGGCCGAGGAAGUGGGGGAGGGAUACACGCGCGGCGCCCGAGGAGGAGGAUAAGGAGUUGGAUGCCCUGUUGAGCGGGUCGAUGAUACCGCUCAAGGGGGAGGUCAAGGACGAGGAAGACGUGGUGAAGAAGGAGGAGAGUGGCGAUGUACCAACACCUGUCGCUGAGGAUGUCAAGCAGGAAGACGCGCCGGUGAAGGAGGAACCGGACACUGCGUCAGCUGGGAUCGCGGACGAGGCGCCCGCCGCGGAGACGGCGGAGGGCAGCAACGCGGAGGUCAAGGCGGAGGAGGGUACCGAUACAGGAGCCGCGCCGGUUGUGUUCAAGAAGAGAAAGGCAAAAGGCCUGCGAGCGAAGUGA